GCUGAACACAAGCUUUCUUUUACGGAGCUCACGCAAGCAUCUGCACGUCUGAGCUCCACUGUGGGAACAUCGAUCGAAUACUUGUUCUGCAACUAGGAUAUCCACGUCGGCCGAGUGUCUUAUCAGACCCAUACCAAUGCGUAAGUGGAGCUGCCAUCUCCGGCUCAUUGCCAUCGAUGUCAAAGUUCAACAACAACACGACGUCCUCUAUGUAACAACAUCUGACGACCAUGAUAGACGCAGUAAGAAGGCAGGCGCAUCGCGCUGCGUCACAAGGCGGUAAUGGAGCCAUGAAUUACAACCCCUUUGCUCGGACACGGUCAAGGGAGCAGCCCUACGAAGACGAGGAGAACAUGUACCGCACACGAUCAGAGACCGACCACAUUCCAGCGAUCCAAGAGCAAAGAGGGAUCGAGAGCAGAGAAGCUACCAAAGAGUUCGGCGCACCUCAUCACCACCCUACAGAUCCUACCCAGGUUUCACCAACAACAACAUACGAUAACUCGAGUUUUCCAGAAUCGUCGGCCAAGAGGGAAGCGGAAGCAGCACCGCAGAUCAAUGGAGACGUGAGAGACGGAAGCGACAGCACCGUUGUUGGCUCGACAGAUGGUGUUACGAAGCGCGGCAAGUUCAAGAAGUUUCUUCGGAAAGAGCACGGCAACGAACACGACGAUACACUGGCAAAUCAGGAAUCUGACGACCUUUCAUUGGAAGAACGCAAGCGCAAGGCAUUCAAAAGGAAGAUUCCUGUCGGCCAGCAGUUCCGAUUUGUCCUAUUCGGGGCCUGGAUCAAUGUCCUUCUUGUCUUUGUUCCUGUCGGAUUUGCUGUCUUCUAUGCUGGCCUCGACCCUGUUCCAGUCUUCAUCAUCAACUUUAUCGCUAUCAUUCCGCUCGCAGCCAUGCUGAGUAAUGCAACCGAGGAGCUAGCGAUCAGAGUCGGUGAGACCAUGGGUGGGCUGUUGAACGCUACAUUCGGCAACGCUGUCGAGUUGAUCGUGUCGAUUCAGGCUUUGGUCAAGAACGAAAUCACCAUCGUCAAGACCUCGCUCAUUGGCAGUAUGCUUUCGAAUUUGCUUCUCGUUCUGGGCAUGUCCUUCUUCCUUGGAGGUAUCAACCGACCCGAGCAGUACUUCAACGUCACGGUUGCGCAGACAGCUGCAUCGCUGCUUGCUCUCUGUAUCGCCUCGCUUAUCAUUCCUACUGUGUUCCACAACACCAUUGCCGAGGACAACAACGACGAUGGCGACGCUCUGAGGAACCAAGAACUUUCGCACGGAACUGCGGUCAUCCUUCUGAUCGUCUACGCCUGCUACCUGUUCUUCCAGCUUAAGACUCACGUCGAGAUGUACAACGCCCCCAGCCAGAAAGUCCCCAAACGCAAGUCUUCCAAGCUCGAAGAAGGCGCAGCAGAACACGGCAUAGCUGCGAUCGGUGCUGGCACUGCCGCGGCAUCUGGAGGAGGCGUCAACGUGAAGAGUCUUUUGAGUAAGAAGAAGGAUGAUGAGGAGGAGGAGGAAGAGGAGUUCGAGUCACCAUCUCUGUCCGUCAUCGGCGCUCUUGUUACACUCGCCAUCUCCACCACUCUUGUUGCCUUCUGCUCCGAGUUCAUGGUUGACAGUAUCGAUGGUCUCACCGCUACCGGCCACGUCUCGACUACAUUCGUUGGCCUGAUCCUUCUGCCCAUCGUCGGUAACGCUGCAGAGCACGCAACUGCUGUCACUGUCGCUAUUAAGGACAAGAUGGACCUUGCCAUCGGUGUUGCGGUCGGCUCGAGCAUGCAGAUCGCUCUGCUCGUCUUCCCUUUCAUCAUCCUCCUUGGCUGGAUCAUGGGUAAAGCUUGUAUGACAUUGUACUUCGACACCUUCCAGAUCGCUACACUAUUCGUCUCUGUACUUCUGGUCAACUACCUCAUCCAGGAUGGAAAGUCACAUUGGCUCGAAGGUAUCUUGCUCAUGGCAAGUUAUAUCAUUAUAGCAGUCGCUGCGUGGUUUUACCCUGAGAUCGCCGAGAACCAGUGCUAAGCGUUCACAAUCCUUUUAUUUCCUUCAGUCACAUUGUACGUUGUUAGUAUAUCCUCAGACUGCUAUGGCGUUGGAGGCACAGGGCUUUGGGCAAAGCACAUGAAGCAG